CAUGCUAUACUUUGAACGUGUCAGCGAUGCCUCCUCCUUCCCUAAGUUUUAAAACAAUUUGGUGAACCGUGUUCUGGGAAUAGCUCGCGCCGUAGUAGCGCUCGUGGAGGGCGAAAGGAGGCGCGAGGUGAGACGGACUAGACUACGCGCGAGUUCGAGCAUGAGAACGAGGGGAGGGAGACGGGGAGAGAAACAGCCGCCUUCAAAAAUGGCGUCUUCGGGGGAAAAUGACUAAUAUUAUGAAAAAAAGGAGGCCUCGGUCUUGAAGUCUAAACGAACCGCUCUGGAUUUGAACGUUGUUUCGAUUUAUAGCGCGCUAUCACGUCGAUGAGGUCGAAACGACACUAAGGAAAAGAAAGAGCAUUGGGAAUCUAGCAACACCGUUUUAUUUUGAUGCGUCGACAGAGCUAGCUCGUCGCUAGCUUCCAACAAAAUUUUGGGUGGGAAGGAAUUUGCAUUGCUUAAUUGCAAGCCGUAACGCACAGACUUGCUCGACGUAGUAUUCAGCACUGUUUGCGAAAUGUAGCGACCGUUUAACGGAUGUUACUGCUUCUUGGCGAUACAUUUUUAUUCCAAUAAAGUAGCCUAAGUGGUGAAAGGGGAGGAGAGACAAGGGAAAGGACGUAUACGGUCAUAUGUGUCCAUCAGUAAUUUGUUGGUAACGGGGGUCAAAUAUAAGUGUUAACUUUGGUGUAUGGCCUCUGCCUCUCGUGAGCAUGGCAUUAAUUAAAUUGAUUUUAAAGGAAAGAAACCUGAAAAAGAGGUGAGGUUUUUGGAGGUGGUCGGUGAACACCCCCUGUAUCGCGCACGCUCUCCUCCCCUCCGUUUCCCUCUCCCUCAAUAUGCUAUUUUUCAUUCUUAUUGACUUACUCGUUGCUCAUCAGGGAGAAUGAUAAGAAAUUAACAGCAGGACAGUGAUCUUGUCGUGCAGAAAUACUUGCACCGGGAUCGUUUUGUUCGAUCGUUCUCCGCCGAUUAUAGUUCAAAAAUGGAUAGAAAUUACCCGGGAGCAGGGUUCGGUGAUUUGGGCGCUGGAGCCGGAUGGAGCUACGAGAGAUCAGCCAAAGCAAGUUUGGUGUAUGGCAGCUCCAGGUCAUCACAUCCAGAAUCUGAACUCCUCCAUCGGCAAGCCUAUGCCACUCCCCACCCCCUACAGGGUUAUGCAACCAAUCACCACCCUGGCAGCUCCGGACAGGGUGGGGCAUGGGGUGCAGCUGGGAGGAGUCUGGGCUUGUCCGGGCUUUUUGAUGCUGGGUUGCACCAUGCCAGUCCUUCAGGCCCAGAUCCAUCUGUUAUGAACCUGAUUUCAGCUCUGGAGUCCCGGGGUCCACAGCCACCACCUUCUGCUUCCUCUCUUCUCUCCCAGUUUCGCACCCCAUCUUGGCAGACAGCGAUGCACACACCUGCCCCUGCAGAGCUUUUCAUCUCUGGUGCCCUUCCUGGUUCUGGAUCAUUCCCAUCAUCCUCUGCCUUAUCGGCAUAUCAGCACCCAGCUUCAUUUUCUGGGCGUUCCUUUCCUGGGGUGACCCCCUCACUGUCUCUACAGGAUACGCCUACUUUCAGUCCAACCUCCAAUGGCCUCCUCUCUCCCCAUGAUCCUUUGCUGCACAUUAAGACACCCUCUCAAUCAAGUCUUGGCUUUGAUCGCCUGUUGUCAUCUCAGGGUGCUGCUGCAGCUUAUCGUGGUAGCCAUGACCCAAGUGGAGGUGCCGGUGUCACAUCUGCCCAAGCCUCCUCUGCAGUCUCAGCUUCUGCUCGUCAUUUGCAGUCUCACCAGUUUAACUUGCUGUCCUCGCAGCUUCAAGACCAGUCCUCACAGUUAUAUAGUGCUUCUGUGUUCUCCUCUACCCCAGCCCCACCUCAGCCAACCUCGCAAGAGCGGACUGUACCGCGACAGGAUAGUGUCAUUAAGCACUACCAGCGUCCUUCGCCAGCGCAGGCUCCCACUUCCACACCUCACCCCCUCCAGCACUACCUUAGCUGUGGAGUGUCUGGGUAUCAGCAGACCCCCCAUCCUCGUCAUGCUGGUCUAUCCUGCAGUCCAUUAGGAGAGCACAGUCCUUCCUCUGACCAUAAACCUUCCCCCAGGACAGAGCAGUACCGACCCGCCAUCCAGCCCUCUUAUGGGUCUUCCUCAUCUUCAUCCUCUGGUGGGCCUGGAAAGGGGUCAAAAAGCAGUUCCAGUAGUGGCUACUCUUCCUCUGGCUCUGGUUCCUCAUCCAGAACCCCUCAUACACCGCCUUCUGCAUCUUCAGCCUCAUCAUCUUCAUCAUCAUCUUCUUCUUCAGCAUCAGCCGGUGCACGCCAGUCUAAUGCCAUUCCAACGUCUAGCUCUGCAUCAGCAUCUUCUCGACAACAGCCACCAACCCAGUCUGUGCCUCCUCCCCCACAAACUCACCCCCAACCCCCUCCUAGCACGUCUAACUCCUCACAGCAGUCCCUUCCCAAAGCCUGUCUCUCAGGCUAUGGUUCACCAGUAGCUCCAGUUAAAUCAUCCGGCAGUCUGACAGGCCAAACUCCCCCUCAGCAGCAGCCUCAGUCUUUCUCUCCAAGCCAGCCCCCUCCAUCACACUUAUCUCAGUCAUAUGGGGGAUUCAACUCCCCACAGACACAUGACCUACCUUCAGCAAGGACCUCUGGGGUUGCAAAAGGCUAUGGAAAUCUGGGAAGCCAGUCCUUUUCAGCAGAAUCAGUGUACGGAACUGAUUCUGGUUAUGGGUCACUGCCGCCAUCACUAGGGGGAGCUGGAAGCCCCUCAAUGAGCUAUGCUGCCUCAGGACACUCUCCUGCACUCUUACGUUCAGGGACAAAUGGGGGAUCAGCUGGUGGGAACAGCAAUGGGGGUAAUAGCAGUACAGGAGGUGGAAGUAAUGUGGGUGGCGGAGGAACAAGUGGUUCUUACCAUAUUCCAGAUUCCAGCCCAUCUCCAUCUGGUAACUCUGGUAUAAUUCGCCCAGGUCUCCACUCUCCUGCUCCUUCUCGACCUGCUCAGUCACCGGUUGGAACAGGAUCCAACAAAUACCUAUCCUCUGUUCUCUCCCCUUCCUUUUUGCCCUCCCCACAGGGGUUCCCAGAUACUCGAGGACCUCGGUCACAACCCUACCACCCCUCUGCACCUCCCAAAACUAAGUCUGAUAACAGCUUGCUUGGUGUAACUGAGUCUCGGCCACAACAAGAUGAUGACGACGAUGAUGACUUUCUCAUUCAGCAUCUCCUUCAGGCUCAAAGUCCUGCCCCUCAAACAUCUCAUCAUCAUGCCCCUCAAAGCCAUCAUUCCUCACAGCCUACCCAGCAGCCUUCCGUCCUUCCACCCCAGGAUGGUAAUAAGGGGCUGUCAUAUGAGAUGAGCAAGAGCUCAGAGGAACGAUACCAUCUUCAGAGUGUUAUUCGAACUCAUAGUGCCACAUCUAAUGCUGCUGUAUCUGGAGCAGGGAGUGGAGCAGGCCUGGAUAGUCAGUUGGAGAUGUCCUUAAAGAAACAGCAACAUCAACAGCAGCAGCAUCAACAGCAACAUCAACAGCAGCAGCACCAACAGCAGCAUCAACAGCAUAAACAGCAACAUCAACAACAACAACAACAACAACAGAAGAGCAGCAGAACUGUCUCAGAUGGAGGAGGACGGGGGAAUUCAGAUCAAACCCAUUCUCAUCCCCAUCACCACCAUGACUCAAUGGGGUCAGUGGUCCACUAUGGACGUGGUGACCCUUACUCUCAGCACUCCAUUCCUCUGCAUCCCUCCUCUCACCAUCAGCACACUCCACACACACCUACGCAUUCUCAUUUGCACUCUCACCCCCACAUGGAUCUGCAAAAGAAGCCUCAAGAUUCUGCAGAUAUGGCUUACAUUCGCAAGACACCUGAUCUGCAGCAGCACCGGCACCAACACCAACAGGCGCAUCCUCAACAACAGACCGCACAUCAUCAGUCUCAUCAACAACAGCAACAACAGCGUCAAUCUCAGUCCCAAACAUUAAUGGAUUCUCCAACAGAUCAGUCCCGCCAGGCGCCACACUUACUACAAUCAGUGCUCUCCCACACCACCAGGAGCAAAAUGGAUCCUCAGCAACACCCUGUCAGUCAGCAGGCUUUGUUGGACGCAGCGGGUGGAGUUACAGCAGCAGAGACCCAUCCCCAACCCCAAGCAUCUCAGCUACAACUUCAGCUCCAGACUCAAGCAAUGGAAGCGGCUAGUCACUAUGGCCGCAGUUCUCAGCAGCAAGACCAGAACCAUCCAAAGUCUACCACAGUUUCCUCUCUGGACAUGCUGGAACGCUCCCUUUCUCGAACUUCUAGUCAGGAGGGAGGAAUGGUCGACGAUAGAUCAGGAAAUGAGGGAGGAAGAGGAAAUUCUGGAGGAACCGCAGCAAGUGUUGAGAGACACAGAUCUCAGGAUCAACAGAGACUUUCAUCUCACCAUCCUACACAGCAUCAUCCCUCUGAGUUACAUUCAUAUCUUUCUGAACCAGAUUUGGGAUUACCUACCCCUUCCCAUGGGCAUCACCUUUCCCACCACCACCAUCAGCCACAACAACCAACUCAAGCUCCUCAACACCCAAACUCCCACCAUCAGCAUGGCCACCCACAGCAUCCGUCUCAACAAAGCCAUCACCAUCUUGCUCCUCAGUCAGCUUCUGCAACUACACAGCAGCAAGAACAGCCUCACCCCUCUCACUCUUCACAGCUUGCUCCAGCUCCACUUGAACAGCAGCAUCAGGCAGAACAUCACUUUGACACUAGGAGCUCAGCAGUGAAGUCAAAUCAGAAUCAGUCCCAGGAGAGCCAGAGGUUUGUUCCAUUAACAUCCAUCUGUUUCCCAGACUCUUUGCUUCCAGAUGAAGAUCGUUCCUUUUUUCCCGGCAUGGAGGACAUGUUCUGCCCAGAGGAGUACAAGUCGAGCUGCCCUGGAGGUGCUGGGCAGGGUCAAGAUGGUGUUUCUCAAGCCCAGCCAGGACAAGAAAGCAUAGAGGGUAUAAAAUCAACUGCAGAAGGUGGGGGAGAUGAUACAGGUGCAAGCUACGACAUGAUUGGCCAACAUGGUGAUCAAGAUUAUGGGCAGUAUUGCCAUGAUCUUUCAGAGCCUGACAAUGGAACCAUGCACCUGGAUCUGGACUCCUUGAAGACCCAUGAACUACCGUCUACUGUCAAUACAGAGCAGCUUGGACUGAUCCAGUCUCAGCCACCCAGCAUUGGAAUGGGAAGUGGUGGGAAUGUUGAAGGAUCUGGUGCCAAGCUAGGAGGUUCUGCUGGUUCUGCUGCUGGUUCAGGUGGUCUUACCUCACCAAUAUUCUGUUCAUCUCGUCCCAAAAAGCUCCUGAAGUCCAGCUCCUUCCACUUAUUGAAAGAGAGACCUGAUCCUAAUUCUCUUCCCAAAAAGAGCUAUGCACAGGAGUAUGAAUUUGAGGAUGAUGAAGACAAAGCUGAUAUUCCCGCUGACAUUCGACUGAAUAGCCGAAGACUUCCUGACCUGAUUCCAGACCUUGUGUCCAGCUGCCGGAAAUCUGGUGGAGUGGGUGGUGGAACUAUGAGCCCUCUAAUGGGUGAGCUGGAUUUUGGAUACCCCCCUCUUGGCCCUCCUCCACAAUUGUUGCCUAACGAUGGACCAAAAAAGAGAGGCAGGAAACCCACCAAGCCCAAAAGGGAAGGACCUCCGAGGCCUCGUGGCCGUCCACGCAUACGCCCUUUGCCUGAGCCUCACCACUCCAGGGGCCUGAUGGGAGAUUGUGGAACAGGAUAUGUUCCUGAGCGAGGUAGAGGCAGAGGAAGAGGUAGAGGCCGAGGCAGGAGAGAUGAAUCUAUGAUGGACAUGGAGGUAGUUAACAAGGAACAGAAUCAGCUAUAUCAACAACACAUGCAGCAACAGCAAAUGCAUCACCAGCCACAACAGCAACAGCUCCAAGAGCCAAUCAAACCUAUCAAGAUAAAGCUUCCUAUCGGUACCAUGUCAUCAUCUGAUGCCCUCUUGCGAACUGAUUCUUUGUCUGGUACUGACCCAGCCCUCUCAGAUGGUUCUGUAGGUUCUGCUCCUUCUUUGGGUUUGAGCCCAGGGACACCAGGGGUACCUGAUAUAAACAGACCACAGGACAAGAUUAAGCCUAAAACUCAAGAGAUGGAAGACAAAGAGUCUGAGAAGACUGGUUUUGUGGCUUCAUUUCUGGAUUUUCUGAAGUCUGGAAAAAGGCCAGGGAGCACUUCUGGGAAUGGUGAUUCGUCUCCAGGGAAAAGUGGAGGUAUCCGUCCUAUAUCCCCUUUACCACCACCUCCCCCAGCUCCUGCAGCACCAUCUGGUUAUGGGGAUAGUGAAGGUGAUGGAAGUCUCUCUUUGGGUGGAUGCCCAAGCCCUUGCAAGCGCUUAGAUGAAGAACUGAAGAGGAACUUGGAAACACUUCCAUCCUUUUCAUCAGAUGAAGAGGACUCAGUGGGGAAAAACCAGGACCUGCAAAAGAGCAUCUCAUCUGCCAUUUCUGCUCUCUAUGACACUCCACAGCUUAGCACAUCCACAAUGCAGCCUCCCUCACUUCCUCCACCUCCUCCUCCUCCCCCUCCUGCACCACUGACACCAACACACCAGCCACCUGCCCUAAGUCCUCAAACUCCAACACACAUGCACACACAUCCUUCUUCACACAUACACACACAGUCCAUUGAACCUGCCAUAUUAUCAAGAGAAGAGGAAACUGAAGAGAUUGAAGAGGAGAAAAUGAGAGAUGUAGAUGAAGAGGAGGAGCAAGAUAAAGGAGUGGAAGACAAAGUCCCAGAAAUGGAGCUGCUGAGUGUUCCAAAAGUAGGAGACUCACCUAAAGAAGCUCCUCAAGCAGCAGCACCCCCUUUGCUUCCACCUCUCUUUCCAUCUUCCCCUGCCUCUUCAUCUUCUCCAUCUCCACCUCCUCUUCCUCCUCUGUCUCUUCCUUCACCCCUUCCCCCACUGGAGGAUAACCCAUCUCCACUGCAGAAACAAUCACUACAGCAGUCUCCACCUCCACCUAGCCCUCUUGCUCCAGCUUUACCUGUCCUUUCACCUCCAGCUCCACCUCCUGUAGCCUCUCCUCCAUCCUCCACUCCUGCACCCCCUAGCCCUCCUCCACCUCAGCAACUCGCUCCAGCUCCAUCCUCCCCAGAAGAGCCCCCAACACCUCAAAUCCUACCAUUACAUCUGGCUCAGAAACAGAGUGGUGCUGCCAUCGUAGGAGAGACUGAUGAGGAUGAGAGUGAGAGUGGAGGGGAAGGCAUCUUCAGGGAGAGAGAUGAAUUUGUGGUACGCAUAGAAGACAUCAGGACGCUUAAGCUGGCCUUGCAGACAGGUCGGGAGCCCCCUCCCAUUUGGCGUGUACAAAAAGCCCUAUUGCAGAAGUUCUCACCAGAGAUCAAAGAUGGACAAAGGCAGUUCUGUGCCACUAGCAAUUAUCUUGGUUAUUUUGGUGAUGCAAAAAAACGGUACCAGCGGCUUUAUGUGAAGUUCCUGGAGAACGUGAAUAAGAAGGACUAUGUGAGGGUUUGCUCUUGCAAGCCUUGGCACAAACCCUCUGUAGCACUCAGACGCCAUUCUCAGUCAGUAUCAAAGAUGGCCCCUGCCACUAACAAUCAGACUUCAGCUCGCAUUCUGAGAGAUGAGAAAGCAAAAGAGAAGGAGCAGCGGGAAGCCAGAGAGAAGAACCACAUCAGAGUGAGAGAACAGCAAGAGAAGGAACGGCUUGCCAAAAUGAAGGAGAGGGAUGAAAAGAAGAAGAGAGAGGAGGACAAGAAAACGUUAGCUCCUCAAGCGCACCAGAAAGCUGAGAAGCGGUCAGUGCUGACGGAGCGAGGGAGGGCGAAGGAUGAGAAAAGGGUUGGAGGAGUUGAGCGGAGGACGGAGCGCACACAGAAGCAGCAGCCAAUAAAGACAAAAGCUGAGCCUCCACCUAAAAAGAGGAGGAUGUGGCUGAAGGAAAUGCCUUCAUCAUCGGAGUCUGAUUCUUCAGCCAGUGAGGAUGAAGUCUCUGUGAAAUCAGGCCUAAACACUCGUGCAAUGCGGGAGAUGUACCGUAGCUAUGUGGAGAUGCUUGUCAGUACAGCUCUGGACCCAGACAUGAUCCAGGCCCUGGAAGACACUGAGGAUGAAUUGUACCUCCCUCCAAUGCGUAAAAUUGACAGCAUUCUCAGUGAGCAGAAGAGAAGGCUUCUGAAGCAAGUCAACAUGAACUCCCAACACCAGGAAGCCCUGCAUACUUUCCCCCAGAUAACGGCAGAGCCGCUGGACUCCGCAGCAGUGAGGGUUAGACUUGGUGGGGAGUGCUACAAUCGGAAAACCCUGAACCGUGUCAAAAAGAGCAUACCCAAACCACAGGACCUCAAGCUGUCAACAGAGACAUGUAGAAUCUACAGUCUUUAUCAUUCUCUGCAUCAUUACAAAUAUCACACCUUCUUAAUCUGUAAGAAAGAAACGGACACUAUAGAACAGGCCUCAGAAGAUCCUGGGCAAGAAGAGGUUGUUCAGCAGUGCAUGGCCAAUCAGAGUUGGUUGGAUACGCUCUUCAACUCCUUCUUAGAGCUGAUGACCCUCAGUGCCAAAGCCUGAAUAAGCGAAAGCGGAAGAGAGAGAGGAGAGGAUGGUGAAAGAGACAAAGGACAAAACUCCAGGGAAGCAAAGAGGCCUCUCAUGGGAAAAAGAACAUGGAUUUGUUUUCGCAUAGCUCCUGUCCUCCACUAUUGUUUUACCGAAGCGCUUUUUAAGAUGGUUGUAAUACAGUGACAAGACGAGAUGGGCGGGGCUAGAUGAGAGAGUGGGGUAAGGAUACCACCUCGCAGCUGGUUGCCUUUGGCAAGGAAAUUAAUCAAUUCUUCUUUACUUAAGUCAAUGAGAUCAGUUUUUUUUUUUUCAGGAUUCUUUCUGAAGUAGAAUUGACAAAAGCAGGACAGUAAACCAAGCUGAUUAAAGAUGAAAAGGAACACGUUCACACAUGGAUGUUUUGUUUUUUUUUUUUGUUUUUUUUUUUUUUUUUUUUUUUAUUAAUGUUUGUUUGAUUUGGGGGGGGGGGGGGUUCAACCAUCCCUUCUGGAGUUGAAUGAUAACUUUGUUGAUUGAUGGAAGAUAAACUAAAUCAUGGAAUUCUGAUGGAAGGAGAAUAUUGCACGACAUUUGCGCUUUGAUUUUGGCCACUCUUGCGCUUGGAAUAACUGACAAUUCAUUUGUCUGAAGACAUUGAAAACAUUGCCAGGAGGAAGUCUGUUACUGUUUGAAUAUUACACAGAUUAUUUUUAAAGACUACAAACUGUUCUAUUCUGCAUUUUUUUGGAGUGGAAGAGUGGUGGUUGUGUUUUAUAAAUGAGUGAAGAAUGCAGUGUGAAAAGGAAAUUCGCAUGGAAGAGGCUCAAGGGUGUAACGGUGUAACACUUCAGGCUACAUGAGUAAAAUGAGUGAGCUAGAGUAUUACACACAUUUUUAUUAUUUAUAUAAAGACGUUUCUAACAGGAUCUCGUACAUACAGUACAAAGCAGUAAUUCUUCAUUAUCUGUUUCAUAAUGUUAUGUUCAGAUAUGAGCAAAAUCGUGUUGUCACAUGAAGAGUCUUCCUUUAGGCUCAUGGAGAAAUAGUGAGUAAGGUAAAGAAAUGUGUGGCAUUGGUUUUGUCUAUAAAAGAGUAAAAGACAGAAAUAAAAUAUACUUCAAACCUACGCAAAACUGUAUUAUUUCAGUACAUUCUUCAGAAGAUGGACAUGAAAAUAAGAGCUAACUAUAGCAUUCAGUUCCCACUAGGGAAAGAUUAUGUAUUAGUAAUAUUUAAAGAGCAUUUUUUGUUUGUUUUGUUUAUAACUGUCAUUUGUCUGUAUUAUGAGUAUUAUUUUGGAACAAUCUAAUACUGUGCUUCUUUCAAAAACAAAGCCUUUGUGUAAAUAUUGUACAGCUAUUCACACAAAACUCAGUUCUCCUGUACAUGGACUAUUCCUGUAUUUGAAAAACAAAUAAAAACAAGGAGCAUAUAAUGUC